GCAGAGCCUAUCUUCUGCAUGAGACUUUCUAGCUUGUUAGCCUCUUUUCCAGCUUCCGGGACUGGGGAGCGGUGAGAGGGUUCAGGAAGUUUGAGCUUUUCGCGCUGAGCCAACAGUGGUAUCGGUAAACAAAUUGGUUCGGAGAUUUCUUGUAAGCAUUUCAUUUUCUUGUUCCCUCGCUCUGAUAGGUGCUGGCAACCAGACAGGGAAGGAUGUGGCUGCCCGGGAGGGCUGAGUCACCCGCAGAAACUAGUUUUGAACUUGGUCUGGAAAGAGCCAGUUAAGUCUUUGGACGCUUUGUGCUAGCUUCAUCACAGCUAACGCAGAGGAGAAGAAACAAAACCAGGAAAAAGCGGCCCAGAAUGGCUCUUGAAGAGGACCAACAGCAGCAGGCGUGGGUUGAUUUAGCGACAAAGUAUCCUGAACUAGUUGUGCAAGUAGGAAAAAUAUGUUUUGGUGAAAAAUCAAGAAAAAAGAUAUCAAAAAAGUUAAGACAAGAUCAAAAAUACACACUUGCCUGUGCAGCAUGUGCCUUGCUAAACUCUGGAGGAGGUGUGCUAAAAGCAGAGAUUGAAAAUGAAAACUACAACUUUGAGAGAGAUGAAAUUGGACUGGAUAUAGAAGAGACUUUUCGAUCUCUUCUUCUGUCACCAGAUUUGGCAAAAUACCUUGACUUUCAACAGCAAGAUAAUUACCUUUUGAUUUUUAUUAAAACCUGGAGCAGUGAAAAAUCUUCCUUAAACUCUAGCAUUGCAAAACCACGUAUCUGUAGCCUGACUUCUAGGUUGUAUGCAAAAUGUGGUGCUUCUCUUUCUCAUAUGAGCCCUACAGAGGCUUUUGGAUUCCUUGAAGGAAAGCAAGUUGAAGCCAAGAGAGAAGCGAGCUCAGGACCAACUGCUAAGAAAAGGAAAAUAAGGGAUGCUGAAGGAAUGAAGGAUAUCAUAAACAGUACUGUUGAUGAGUUUUUUAACAGGGACCAACUGCAAUAUGGAGAGACUUUGAAUUUCACCGAGUCGGGAGAUGUGGAAUUUAAACACUAUUCAACUGAGAAAUUCUUGACUCGUGUUAAAGAGAUUCUACCUCAGUAUAUAUCUGGGUUUGCCAACACUCGUGGAGGGUAUUUAUGGAUUGGUGUGGAUGAUGAUAGGAGAGUACAAGGAUUCAUCAGCAGUGAUGAGGACCUUGAAAAAUUAAGCCUUGAAAUCAAGUCCAUUCCACGCAAAUUAAAGCUCUUCCAUUUCUGUGAUAGUGAAUAUAAACACACCAUAAAGUAUGAACACAAAAUCCUCAAAGUAUACAAUGAGCAUGGAGAGCACUGUGGAUAUGUCUGUGCUGUGAAAAUUGAACCAUUUACUUGUGUCGCAUUUUCAGAAGAUCCAGAUUCGUGGCUUGUGCGAGGCAGCAAUAUCGACAGACUGACAGCAGUUGAGUGGGCCAAAUGGAUGACCUCCAAUGAUCCAGAUCUUUCUCAGUUUUCUGACACCUUCAAGCUAGAGCUCAGUCUGACAGAGGGGCCACCGCUUGCCAAGUCAGUUUAUUCACAUCAGGGCCUUGACAGCAUUGAUGAUCUUCAUAAACAACUGUUUCCAGUGAAAUCUCACAACAUAACAUACACACCAGAAAAACUCAGAGAAGAUCUCUUCCAAGAGUACCCAGGGUUGGCUAAUUUACUGGAAGAACAAUUGAAGGAGCUUUCUGCGGGAGUUCUGAUAUUUUCCAGAAGCUGGGCUGUUGAGGUCGGCUUGCCAGACAACCAAUUUGUAAUUUGUGAUGUUCUCCUAAUAGCCAAGGGUAGGCCACCUACCCUUUAUACAGUCUGUAAAUCUCCCAUCACUAGGUUUUUGUUUGACUACUCCAGACUCACAGCCUGGAGGCUGAAGCAGAAAUUAGUCAACACCGGGGGCUAUAUUCACAAGCUGUGUAUAAUACCGAAGCUACUGUCUUUGCUUCCAGACAUUAACUGUGGAAAAGAAUGGGAUCUGAAUAUUCAAGAAAUGUAUCCCCAAAACUAUAGCGUAAUCAACAGUGACAAUUUGAAUGCCUUCCUGUGUGCUCUUACAGUAGCUUUGCUGAGUUUCCAGUCCUUUUUAAGUGACCAUCUUGGUUCUGAGUUUUUCAACCUCUUGACUGUCAAACAAUACCAGCUACUGUCAGAAAAUCUUCAUAAAACUAAGAAGCUGUUUGUUCAUGGCCUGCCAGGAACAGGAAAAACUGUAGUGGCCCUGAAGAUCAUAGAGAAAAUAAGAACUAUGUUUCAGUGUGAAAAAGAGGAGGUUCUUUACAUAUGCGAGAACCAACCUCUGAGAGAUUUUGUGAGACAGAAAAACAUUUGCCAUGCUGUUACAAGAGCAACAUUUUUGAUGAGAUCAUUUGAUGAGGUGAAGCACAUAAUAAUUGAUGAAGCACAGAAUUUCCAAGCUGGGGAUGGUGAUUGGUACAACAAAGCCUUGCAUCUGACUUCAUCACAACAUCUCUCUAAGCCUGGCUUUCUCUGGAUUUUCUUGGACUACUUACAGACAAGUCACUGCUUUCGAACCGGUCUUCCAUCAGUGGAAUGGCAUGAUCCAGUAGAGUCACUAACCAAAGUGGUCCGUAAUGCUAACCGUAUCUAUUCCUAUGUAAAAGCAAUGAUGGAAGAUAUUGUAGACAAUCCUACGCUAAAUAUUCCCAUACAACAUUUAGAAGAGUUAUUAUAUAAAGCCACGUGUGCUCAUGCUGUGCAAGGUCAUGUUAAAGAACAAAGGAAGCUAGAUAGAAAUGGAAUAGCAAAAUAUGUAGUAGAACAUUGUCACAGAUAUCUUAAAAUGGGUUAUGCUGAGAAAGAUAUUGCUAUUUUGUGCUACAGAGAUGAAGAGGUAAGAGCAUACGAUCAAAUACUAAGAUCAGAACUGAAGAAAUCCAAGUCAAAUAUGUCAUUAGCAAAAAUGGAGGGAGGGAUGGAAACAUGCACUGUUCUUGACAGCAUCCGUCGUUUCUCUGGCUUAGAGAGAAACAUUGUGUUUGGUAUUAUUCCUGUUCCUAUGCCCUCCCAGGAAGAAAUUUUCAGAAACAUAAUAGUCUGCGUAGCAUCCAGAGCUAAUUUACAGCUACAUUUGCUAUUUGAACAUUGGGAUCCUAGAUAGUUUUCUGACCCCAAGAAGGCCCUUAGAGAGGACCAUGGUUAUAUUUUCUGAAAGUUUUUUGGCUCUGUGUAAAGUGUAAAGAUUUCUUUUGCAGGCCUUUGCAAUAGCCUACUGGCCUUGGGAAGCCCUUACAGUCUGUUUUAAACCAAAGUUACAAAAAGACAUGAAGAAGAGAUACUUCAAAUGACAGUAGAAUUACAUCAGUCACUGGACACUCCUUUCAAGGUCUUGCAAAGCUCUACUCUCAGCCUUUGACUGCACAGGAGUAUGUUGGCAAGUGAAAGCCACUAUGCUAGGUCAGGAAACUGGAAGACUUUCUGGCUUUCACCAGCUCACUCCCUUACACAUAAUAAGCUACCAAACAGCUUAGGCAUCCAAUGUUGAAAGCCAUUUUUUAAAAGAUAGCCUCCUUUCAGAUACUCAGAAAAGAAAGAAAAAAAAAAAAGGGGGGAGGGGGCUUCUGUCCAACUUUCAGCUAGGAAACACAAAUAAAUGGCUUUUACAGAAGCAGCUUGCCACUCUGAACACCAGAGACAGUCAGUAGAGGUUGAAAAACUCACAGCUCCAAAGAGAAGAGUUAGUGGACAAGGGAAGCAGUCCAUACAUGACUUUAGAUAGCAAUGGCAUUUUUUGUCUUUGUUUCAGACAUACUGGCUAGGUAAAAAUACCCAUAGAGAAUUAGGUGCAAAUACUUUUGAAAGACAGAUCCAAAAUUCUUAAAACUGGGCAUCCAAAAUUGAGGGCCAGAUGAAAACAAACCUGAACAUGGACACACAUUGUUUUCCUUGUAGUAUAACAGCUAGAGCAGGUAGAUACUGAUCUGCAUAUGGGGAAAUUACUGACAUUUAUUAUGAUGAUCCCUGUUAGAACUAUUUUAAUGCACUUGACUUUACUUUUAGAUCAUUGUUGAGUAAAAUUCUAGUUGCUAUCUGCUGACUUUUUUCCCCUCCAGGGACUAAAGGGACUCAUGAUCUGUAUUGUGUAUAGCAUAUAUAAAGAAUCUGUGCUUGAAUGUAAACAUUUACACAGUAAAUGCUGA